AUGUCUGACGACGAUGAUUUCAUGCAAGAAUCUGACCCAGAGCAAUAUGAUUUUGAAUACGAAGACGACGAUGACGACCUGGGCGGUAAUGACGCCUCGGUCGACAUCGAAAACAAAUACUACAAUGCCAAACAACUCAAAGUCGACAACCCCUCCGAAGCAAUAGACGAGUUCCUCGGCGUCCCCGCCCUGGAGGAAGGUAAAGGUGAAUGGGGAUUCAAGGGCCUCAAACAGGCGAUCAAGUUGGAAUUCGCGCUGGGCAGAUACGACGACGCGGUAAAACAUUACAAAGAGUUGUUGACGUACGUGAGGUCCGCGGUGACGAGGAAUUACUCUGAAAAAUCCAUCAACAAUAUGCUCGACUACAUUGAGAAAGUUGCCGGUCAACCUACCUCAGGCGCAGGCGCUCGCGCGAGCAAAGGUGACACGGAGACAACCACGGCGUACAAGUCCAUGGAAGAGUUCUACCGCUUGACGCUUGAUACUUUCCAGAGCACGAACAACGAGAGACUGGCUCUCAAGACGAAUUUGAAACUGGCCAAGUUGUAUCUCGAUAAAAAGGACUACAAUCAACUGAGCAACAAGGUUAGGGAGAUCCAUCAAGCGUGCCAGAAGGAAGACGGUACAGAUGACCCUGGCAAGGGAACGUAUUCGCUCGAGGCAUACGCGCUCGAGAUCCAGAUGUAUGCCGAGAUGAAAAACAACAAGCGUCUCAAAUCUCUGUACCAGAAGGCUCUCACCGUUCGGUCUGCGGUCCCUCAUCCUAAGGUCCAAGGUAUCAUCCGAGAGUGUGGUGGGAAGAUGCACAUGAGCGAGGAGAACUGGAAGGAGGCGCAAAGUGACUUCUUCGAGUCAUUCAAAAACUACGAUGAAGCAGGGUCCAUGCAGAGAAUCCAAGUGUUGAAAUACCUUGUUCUCACAACCAUGUUGAUGAAGUCGACCAUCAACCCAUUCGACUCACAGGAGACGAAACCAUACAAGAACGAUCCGCGCAUUUCGGCAAUGACCGACCUGGUGGACGCCUAUCAGCGCGAUGACAUUCACCGCUACGAAUCCAUCUUGAAGGAGAACCAGGACUUACUCGCGGACCCGUUCAUCGCCGAGAAUAUCGACGAAGUCAGCCGGAACAUGCGUACGAAGGCCGUCUUGAAGCUGAUUGCACCGUACAGCCGGUUCACCCUCCAAUUUAUCUCAAAGCACAUCAAGAUCCCCGUCAGUGAGGUCCAGGACAUUCUAGCCGUCUUGAUUGUGGACAAAAAGCUGCAAGCGAGGAUCAAUCAGGAAAACGGUACCGUCUCCGUGGAAAAUGACAAUGAAGGUGACACGCAACACCUGGCCCAGCUUCGCGAUUGGACCUCAGCCGUGGAAAGCCUCUGGUCGGGCUUGUUCAACGAGGGCGAAGGGUUCAAGCUUGAAGAUACCCAGGGUGGUGCCUCAUUCUCAGGUAUGAAUUUCCCAAUGGGCUUCGAAGCGGGUGGGCCCAUUCCAAGCCGGGGCCCUGGACGCCGGGGCGGUGGACGCGGUCGGGGAGGCGGGAAGCUUGUUGCUCCAAUAUGA